CCCAUGAUCGCGCCGCAGGAGGAUGGCUCUGGUAGUGUACCAGAAACAGUACACGAACCACCACAACCGACGCCCAUCACAGACCAAGAGGUGGGAGAGUAUCGGGAGCAGGAUCGUUUUCUACCCAUUGCAAAUGUCUCCCGCAUCAUGAAGCAGUCCGUUCCACACACCGCUAAGAUUGCCAAGGAUGCCAAGGAGUGCGUUCAGGAAUGUGUUUCAGAGUUUAUAAGUUUCAUUACUUCUGAGGCCGCUGAGAAAUGUCAGAUGGAGAAGCGGAAAACGAUCGGAGGCGAGGAUAUCCUAUACGCCAUGGUGUCUCUAGGGUUUGAGAACUAUGCGGAAACACUGAAGAUUCAUCUGGCAAAACUGAGACAGCACCAAGCAGGAUCCUCGUCAAACCCGCGACAAGAGCAUAGAGAAGAUUGAUUCUACUUUUUUGUACCUGUACUAUUCAUGUACCACCGUAUCAGCUACUUUCGCAAUGCCUCUGUUUUGCAGCUCA